CAGAGUUUCUGGUGUCAGGACCAGGUCAUCUGUUAUGUUUUCAUGUAAUUUAUGGACAGUUAUUUGAAACUCCUGUAGAAAAUGUUUCAUGUGAUUUUAUUCUGUUGGUGCUGGUGGAGUCUGAUGGCAGUGUUUGGUUCUGAGUCUGUGUCAGUGACUGAAGGAGAGUCUGUUACUCUCCACAUGAAUAUCACUGAACAACAGAGGAAAGACGGAAUCUCAUGGAAGUUUGGACCCACAGAUAAUAAAAGUCUCAUAGCUGAAAUCAAGGAUGGGAAUAAUGCAAUAAAGUUAUAUGCUUAUAGACCUGAUGGGAGAUUCAGAGACAGUCUGAAGCUGGAUCAAACCGGAUCUCUCACCAUCACAAACACCAGAAUCACACACUCUGGACUUUAUCAAAUAACCACCAGCAACCACGAGGAGCUACUCAACAAGAUAUUCAACAUUACUGUCUAUACUCGUCUGCCUGUUCCUGUUAUCAUCAGAGACUCUUCACAAAAUUCUUCAUCAUCUUCAGUCUCAAAUUGUUCAGUGUUGUGUUCAGUGAUGAAUGUGACACAUGUGAGUGUCUCCUGGUACAAAGGAAAGAGUUUAUUGUCCAACAUCAGUGUGUCUGAUCUCAACAUCAGCAGCAUCUCUCUUCAUCUGGUGUGUCUGGAUGAUUCUUACACAUGUGUGAUCAACAAUUCCAUCACAAACCAGACUCAACAUCUCAACACUGAUGUCUGUCACAAGUGUUCAGAUGUCUCAGAAGACUACAUCUGCAGUUGUGGUUUUACUGAAGCUGUGAUCCGAUUGGUCAUCUCUGCGCUGGUGGGUGUGGCUACUGUUGCUGUUCUGGUUUAUGACGUCAAAUCCAGAGGAGAUGAACAGAAGAAGAGAUCAGACACUCAAAUUAAAUGACAGACGAAUAUGUUGAUCUAGUUUAGGGCCUACAGUGUUUUAAAUGUGAAAAAAAUCAAAUAUGAAAUAAGGAACUUAAUGUAAUAAAGUUCAUUAAGGUGCAAUUCUUAGCACCUCAGACCUCGGUACACACGUCCCUCACUUCAAACAUUGAACUCUCCUCUUUCACCCCACUGACUGACACUGAAGUCACCAGACUUCUCUCCAGCCACCCCACCACCUGUCCCCUUGACCCAAUCCCCUCCCAUCUCCUUCAGGCCACAUCCAGCACACUCACACCUGCACUCACACACAUCAUCAACACCUCCCUGCCCACCAGCACUUUUCCAUCCAUAUUCAAACAGGCCCAGGUCACGCCCCUACUGAAGAAACCCACAUUAGACCCCUCUACUACCGACAGUUACAGACCUGUCUCUCUCCUCCCGUUUAUUGCAAAGACACUUGAAAGGGCAGCUUUCAACCAGGUUUCGUCCUACCUAUCCCAGAACAAACUGCUGGAUGACAAACAGUCUGGCUUUUAAACAAACCACUCCAUUGAGACUGCACUGCUAUCGGUCACAAAAGCACUGCGGCUAGCCAAGGCGGAAUCUAAAUCCUCGGUCCUGAUUCUGCUAGACCUAUCUGCAGCGUUUAACACUGUCAAUCACCAGAUAUUGCUUGCCACCCUGUCAUCUCUAGGAAUCUCAGGCUCUCCUCUCCGCUGGUUCAAAUCCUACCUCUCCGGCAGAUCCUUCAGGGUGUCAUGGAGGGGCUCGCUGUCCACUGCUCACCACAUGAUCACUGGGGUCCGUCAGGGAUCAGUGCUUGGACCGCUGCUUUUUUCCAUCUACACGACAUCCCUGGGACCCAUCAUACAGGCAUACGGCUUCUCCUAUCACUGUUAUGCUGACGACACCCAGAUUUACAUCUCGUUUCACCCAGACGAUAUCACUGUAGCAGCUCGCAUACAGCCUGCCUAGAGGACAUCUCGGCUUGGAUGAAAGAGCAUCACCUCCAGCUGGACACUGCCAAGACAGAACUACUCGUGUUUCCGGCACACCCCAUGGAGCAACGCGAUCUCACCAUCCAACUUGGCAAUACCACAAUCACUCCUUCCAAAACCGCCAGGAACCUCAGAGUCAUAUUUGAUGAACAGCUGUCCUUCAAUGAUCACAUUGCAAAGACAACGCGGUCAUGCCGAUAUGCCUUAUUCAACAUUAGAAAGGUUAGACCCUAUCUCAGAAUCAGAAAGAGCUUUAUUGCCAAGUAUGUUUGCACAUACAAGGAAUUUGUUUUGGUGACAGGAGCAUCCAGAACACAGAAACAGCAACAACAGUACACAGAGACCAUAACACAAUAGAAUACAGUACACAAUGAUUUAAUAAGGGCCUAUGGGUAUAAAAAAUUAAGAAAUACAAUACAAUAAACAUAAGAUAAAAUCUCAACUCCUUGUCCAGGCCCUGGUAAUCUCAAGGUUGGACUACAGCAAUGUUCUCCUUGCUGGUCUUCCUGCAAACCGCUCCAGCUGGUUCAGAACGCAGCAGCACGCCUCGUCUUCCAACAGCCCAAAAGGGCUCAUGUGACGCCCCUUUUCAUCUCCCUCCACUGGCUACCGGUUGAAGCCUGUAUCAGAUUCAAGUCACUAAUGCUUGCCUACAGGACUAUCACUGGAUCUGCACCGACAUACUUUCACACCCUCCUACACCCCAUCAAGAACCCUGCGUUCAGCAAACCAGCGGCGUCUUGUAUUGCCUUCCCAUAAGGGCAGUAAAUCGCUUUCCCGCUCAUUCUCAUUCACAACUCCUUCCUGGUGGAACAUUCUUCCUAACUCGGUCCGGUCAACCACAUCUCUCACAACAUUCAAAAACUACUUAAACCCAUCUCUUCUGUGAAUACUUGACAGACAAAUGAAAAAAAACACUAACCCUCUCUCUUUCUCUCAACAGGUAGUGUUCUAGCUUUUGUUGAAACCAGUAACUUUGUAUUAGCACCUAUUGUAUUAUUGCUCCUGUAUAUCGCUUAUUGCUCCUUAAACUCUGUAAGUCACUUUGGAUAAAAGCGUCUGCUAAAUGACUAAAUGUAAAUGUAAAUGUAAUAGUCAUUCAGUUUUUUGUCCUGCCUGUUCACUUUUACUGCACUACAUUUACCAGAAUUCUGUGCAUGCUGUCAGCCAUCUUGAUUAUCACCCACCUGAUUAUCAUUCACUUUUUAGUUGGACUCUAUAGAGAGGGUAUGGACGUGUUGUCACUUUACCACGUGAGCAUGCCAGAGCGCUCCCCCGUGAGGGGCAUAACAUUCAGCAAAAUGACAGCUUACGAUAUCAGGAAAUGCAAUUCUGCACAACAUUUCAGUGUCCAGGAACACCUGAUUCCUUUGUAAGUCAUAGGGAAUUCGUAAGGAUCACCGUCGAGUCCAGCUGCUUUUAAUUUCAGCAAAUAAUUGCAUGUCUUAGUCCUGGUUUCUUUGUUUCUCCUAUUCUCCUCUGCCAUUUUGCUGCGUGUUUUGCCACUCAGUGGAAUGUGUCCUUGCGCACAAGUGUUCACGUGGGAAAGUGACGUCAAUACCCUCUACUCCCCCACGCCACGUGCUCACAGUCAGGCCUUGAUGUUGUUGUGUUAUCAGUUUGUACGCUCAAAUUCUUGACUGGAUUAUUGGCUGCAGUUCGUCCCAUGGAUUAUACAUACCUGUUGUCUGAGGAACAUUAUACUGUGCAUUAUACUUACCUAUGUUUACUCACCCGUUGCCUUACUGUGGUGUCACUCCUC